ACAACCAGCUAUGGGAUUAGCAAAAUAGACCAGAGAUGUGUGUAUCUACUUGGUCACCUUUGAAAAUAUUCUCUGUUAACCCUUUUCAUCAGUGAGAUAGUGUUAUUUGUCAGCACGAGCGCUGAUUUUUAUUACGUCGUCUUGCGGAAGAAUGUUAACGCCUGUGGGUUUGUGUAGAGCCGGAAAACUAACUUGCCACCUCAGCUAACAAGCUAGCGCGUUAGCAGGCUCGGCUCGACGACAUAAUAGUCUGCUGUGCUUCUGGGAACACGGUGUGCUCGUCGUGUCAGAUCAACCGAGGAUAGUAUGGGUGAUUUUUAGUUAACGUUAGUCCACAUCACCUGUUACGGUUGCGUUUGCUGUGUAAUAAUCUGCCCUGACCGCGGGAUGGAGUGGCACUCGCUUACUUGCUAGCAAGCUAGCAGUCCCCGGUGUUAGCAGAGCUCUGCUCUCAUUGCGCUGGCUAAAAAUACACCCCUUGUCCCAUGCUCGGUGCGCCUCCAAAAGUGGUAGGCUAGUCCAGAUUGGGCUUGUCUUCGACUGUUCUGGUCAGCUUGCUCGGAGUUUGGCACUCUACAUGGUCACCACAGUGAGUUUAAGACGACUGGAAGAGCGAGUCGGACCCCGAGGUUGUGAGUCCUGCUGGCCUGAGCUAACGUCACACCGUACCGGCUGGUGGGCUUCAGGUCUCCAAGGGAAGGAAACUGUGCUUUGGCUAACCGGUGGCUGUAUAUCAUUUUGCCCAGAUGGCCUUGUCUUGUCAUCAGUAUUAGUAUAACAAGCCUUGGCUCAACCCAGGGUUGCAAGAUCGAAACUUUGCGAAGCUCAGAGAAAAACGCUUUGUGUCUACUGUCAACUGUCUGAGAUUGGCGAGGCAGACUUUAUCUGUCCAGAGUGCAGCACCAUGUCGGAGGAUAACAACGCAGACAAGUUCAUCAAGGAGACGUCCAUUCUAGACGAGUACAACAUCAACUGGACACAGAAGCUGGGAGCUGGCAUCAGUGGACCUGUCAGAGUUUGUGUGAAGAAGUCAUCUCAGGAACGCUUGGCCCUGAAGAUCCUCAUUGAUCGCCCCAAGGCCAGGAAUGAGGUGCGUCUCCAUAUGAUGUGUGCCAACCACCCAAACAUAGUGCAAAUCCUGGAGGUUUACGCCAACAGUGUCCAGUUCCCGCAUGAGUCCAGCCCGAGAGCGAGGCUCCUUAUCGUUAUGGAGAUGAUGGAGGGUGGCGAGCUGUUCCACAGAAUCAGUCAGCACAGGCACUUUACUGAAAAAAUGGCCAGUCAGGUCACCAAACAGAUCAGUCAAGCCUUGGAACAUUGUCACUCCCUAAAUAUUGCACAUCGUGACCUGAAGCCAGAGAACCUGCUCUUCAAGGAUAACUCUCUGGAUGCACCUGUGAAGUUGUGUGACUUUGGCUUUGCCAAAAUUGAUCAAGGAGACUUGAUGACCCCUCAGUUCACUCCCUACUACGUAGCACCUCAGGUACUUGAGGCUCAAAGAAGACACCAGAAGGAAAAGUCUGGAAUUAUACCUACCUCACCCACUCCUUAUACUUAUAACAAGAGCUGUGACUUGUGGUCUCUUGGUGUGAUCAUCUACGUGAUGCUGUGUGGCUACCCUCCGUUCUACUCUAAGCACCACAGUCGCACCAUCCCGAAGGACAUGAGGAAGAAGAUCAUGACGGGCAGCUUUGACUUCCCUGAAGAUGAGUGGAGCCAGAUCUCUGAGAUGGCCAAGGACAUCGUACGCAAGCUGCUGAAGGUAAAGCCAGAGGAGAGGCUGACAAUUGAAGGUGUCUUGGCUCACCCUUGGCUCAACUGCACCGAGGCCCUAGAUAACGUGCUGCCGUCCGCCCAGAUGAUGAUGGACAAAGCAGUGGUUGCAGGUAUCCAGCAGGCCCACGCUGAGCAGCUGGCCAACAUGAGAAUUCAGGAUCUGAACGUCAGCCUGAAGCCCUUAAACUCUGUCAACAACCCAAUCCUCAGGAAGCGGAAACUACUAGGCCCCAAGCCCAGUGAUAGUUUCUUCAUUCACGACCCAGAGAACGGAGGAGAAGACUCCAACGUAGCCCUGGAAAAAUUACGAGAUGUCAUUGCACAGUGUAUACUACCACAAGCUGGAGAGAACGAGGACGAGAAGCUGAAUGAAGUGAUGUAUGAAGCCUGGAGGUUCAACAGAGACUGUAAACUGCUGAGAGACGGCCUGCAGGGGCUCAGCUGGGAUGGACGAUCCUUCUCCGAUAAAGUUGACCGUUUGAAGUUGGCUGAAAUAGUGAAACAGGCCAUCGAAGAGAAGACGAAUCUCCAAGAAUCUCAUUAGCAAGUGCUGUCUUUCUAUCUUCUUUUUAUAUUGUUUAUUAUGACCCUUUUUAACCCAUAUCUGUAAAGAGGCUUUUUUAUGUAAAAUGAUGCGCUAAUCUUUUUUUUUUUUUUUUCCCAUGAAUUUCACUUGCAAGAAAUAUUGUACAGCUGUAGAUAUAUUUCAAAGAGGACUCAUUGGUACUAUAAUUUUUUUUUAAAUGGACACUUGCAAAGAACAUUGAGAAAAAAAACAACUAUAUUUUCAUUUUUGCAAAAAAAAAAAACAAAGAAAAGAAGAGAAAAAAUCAGUUAAAGAAAUUAUUUUCUGGGAGGGAAUUUUUAUUAGCUGCUUGUCCGAGGCGUCACAUGUUUUAUCCCAGUUAUUUGAUUUUAUUCUGUUUUAUUUUCUUUUUCCUAAGAAUUUUAUUUAUUUAAACGAAAUUAUUUUAUACCUUUCUUGUAGCCUGGCGGUGGGCUCUAAAGCCGAGAGAAGUUGUCUGUGGUGUGAUUUUGUUCUUCCACACACUCUGAUUCCCAGACUGCGUUUCACUUAUAUGAAUCUUUGUUUUUGUGUAACGUUCCCUUGAACUUUUGGUUGUGUCGAGGCAGAAUGGACAUGGAGGUGAAAGAAAGUGUCAUGAAAAAAGACAAAUGCAGCCCGAAAUUCAUUUUGUCACAAUCCUUUAUUUUAAAAAAAAAAGCUUAUAAGAGAUAACACUAAAUCGAUCGAAGCAGACGGAAUAGGCAUGAACAGUGAAAAACAUCUUGACAUAUGGCCCACUUGCUAGCCUUUUUGGUACUUUAAACUUUCUCACGGCCUUCUGCAGAAGACGGAGAUGGUUGAAAGCUCCAGUUGAGUUCAGGACUUUAUUGUCAAACUGUUUCCUGAGUCAAGAAUGAACUUUCAGGAUAAACUAGAUCUAUGUACGUUUUGCAAGCUGAGUUCAACUCACACACAUGAAGUGAUGAUAGUGUGUCAGCUCCUUACGUUUGUGUUUGUCAAGUAAAAUGAAGUGAAUUAUUUUAUAUAAAGGCUUUUUUUAUCCUCAUUUCUGAUGUGAUUUUGAAAGGUCUUAAAGGGACAGUUCACCCCAAAGUUGAAAAUACAUAUUUUUCCUCUUACCUGUAGUGCUGUUUAUCAGUCUAGACUGUUUUGGUGUGAGUUGCAGAGUGUUGGAGAUAUCUGCCUUCUCUUGAAUAUAAAAAACUCAACAGCAAUGUCUCUUUCCAGAAGUCAUAAUGCGAUUACUCAAGAUAAUCCACAGACCUUGUUGUGAGCAGUUUCAUGUUGGAACUAUUUUCUGUCUACCAAAGUAUACCCGGCAACUGUAUCACAGUGCAAAGGGUGAUGGACAAGGCGUUCGUGCUUGUGACGGCGCGAGAUCUAAACAUUAAUGACGUCCUCCACAACUGAGCUGUAAUGUUGCACGCUUCCUUCUGCGCGGUGAUGUGGUUGUCAGUUGUAGAAAGAAAAUAGUUCCUACAUGAAGCUGCUCACGUCAAGGUCUGUGGAUUCACUUUGAGUAAUUGAGUCAUGAUCUCUGGAAAGAGACGUUGCUGUUGAGUUUUUCAAAAGCAUGUUGUGGCCCUUUGAGCACCACGUGCUGAGUGCCACUUGGUUCUAUUAUAUUCGAGAGAAGGCAGACAUCUCUGCGGCUGAUAUCUCCAACACUCAGCAACUUACACCAAAACAGUCUAGAUCAGUGGUCCCCAAAUGGUGGGUUGCGGGUGUCAUUUUGAAGAGCUAUUUCCUGCUGAAAAGUGAGUGACUAACCGACAGAAACAGAAGACUACCUAGAAAGCAUCGCCAAAUGCAACUGUGAUGCUGAAUCUAUUAAACUGCGUGGACCUUGAACCAAUGACUGAAGAGAAAUCUGGACCCCCUGGCUGGACCAGUCGGGAAUCACUGAUCUAGACUGAUGAGUAGCACUACAGGUAAAAGGAGAUGAACUGUCCCUUAAAUUCAGUCUUCAGUUAAAGUGGUUGAGCUGCUUUGAUGUAAAGUUGUAUGUACUGGGAUUCAGACUAGAGUCCGUUAACAUUUAAGUCAUUUUACAGUGACAGUGCUUGCUACUUGAGCCAACAGAAACACAACAACACUGGGCAUUUUUUGGUGCAAUGCAGUUGACGUCUGUAUGACAGGAGAGAUCAGUAGAAAGGAUUCAGCAUCCAUUAACAGGUCCAUUUCAUAAAACUUGCAGUGCUACUGAAUGUGCAAUAGGGCAAUAAUUUAAUCAAGUAUUCAUAGUGCAUGCAUUUACAUGGUAGUGAGAUGUAUCUAUCUGUCAGUAUUACUGCUGUCGUUUCAGUGGUCUGAAUACCAGCAAAUGCUCCCUCCCUCCGCUCACCCUUUAGUUGUAAUUAAUGUCAUUGAUCAGCCAGAGUGAGAUUUCCGCUGCACCGUUUUGCUCUCGUGCUCCAGUCAUAUCUGUUAUUAUUUCUUCAGAGGGGUUGAAAGAAGGGAUUCAUGUUCAGGUGUUUAAACGAGGCUGCGUUGAGUCAACAGAGCAGGGUUAAGAUGGCUCAGAGUGCAAAUUCUCUUGUUCAGUGCCUGAAUAGUUCUUAAGUAAUUUUUCUUUUAUAAUCAAAUUCCCCUUUGAUGAUGUCUUAGCUUUAUACAGAACAAAUUUUCAUGUCAGGAUUACUGCAUUAACCCCUUUUGACCUUAAUGAAAAGAUAUAUAUUGUUGCUGUUCAUUGAAAAAUUCUUCUCUAAUGUUGAGAUGAACUAAAGGAUCAGGUGUUCACAUUUAAGUUGACAUGUUGAAGAUGCAGGACUGACAAUGUGUAAGCUGUUUUUUCCACACCAUUUGUAACUAACAUGAAGGAAAACUAUUUCUGAUUUAGAUUUGGCUUCAAAACUAUAAUUUAAGCAAAGGCAAUCAUUACUAGCAUGAUUCUGAGAGAUCAUUCUGACGGUCCGUCUUAAAAUCCUAACGAUAAGAAGUGUUUGAAAAGGCCUUAUUAUUUCAUGGCUAAGUUUUACGCUCCAAUGUGCCUUGUUGAUGGGGCGCUAUCUUCAUCCUUUACUGCUCCUAUCGGUAAGAAUGAAUGACAGGAUGAAGGGGAGACUCAGAAUCAUUGUGAGUAGUGAUUGAUGUUUGUCCUUUUGGCUGUGAUUUGCUUUCAUGUUUCCAUGUGACGAAAUUAAGGCGCUCAUUCCACAAAGCGGCGUCUUGGUUUGGCAACAUUUUGUUGAAAUUCACGUAUUAUAGUUAUAUAUUUUCUGGGGAAAGAAAUUGGGGUUGUGUCUUAAGAUAAGCCUUUAUCUCAGUGCGGACAUUAAAGGAAUAUUUCACCAUUUUGGGAAAUAGGCUUAUUUGCUUUCAUGCCCAGCUUUCUUGGUUAGCUUAGCUGAGCAUAAAGACUGGACACAGCUGGCUUGGCUUCGUCCAACUGCAACAAAAACCACCUACCAGCACCUCUAAAGCUCACUGAUUAACACAUUAUUACUUGUUUGUUUAAUCCUGUACACAAAAAAAUGAAAGUGUAAAAUCGACAAUCCACCAUUUAAUGGGGUAAAAAGGCCAUGGAUGUAUUAGAGCAGCUGGAUAUUGCUCUGCCACUUGCUUCCAAUUCCACCCAGAGGCCACGUGCAGUAUUGCAGCCCCAAAAAGCAUUCUCCCCACAGACCACUAUUUUAAAAGAGACGUCUGUGAAACUGUUUAUGGGACACUUCGAACUGCUAACAAGGGCAGUUAUGAUUCUGUUAUCAAUUUUUGAUCGAUUGUAAAACUUAACUUGAGCUGAGAAAAAUGAUUUAAAAAUCUGGAUGCCACCACAAUUUUAAGUUUAUGGGAUAAUGCAGGAACUCACACACAUUCAGAAGCCCACAUACCUAAAAGUUUUUUGCUAUGUGCACCAGGCGAGCUGUCUCAUUGGACUGAAUAGGUGCCAUCUUUGGGUCCAGAAUGUGGAUCUAACAAUACAUCUGUGAACCAGUUGCAGGUUCACUUUUCCGACGAUGGUGAAGACACCCUAAUUAGGUGUACUCUGCCUCUGAUUAGCUUACCCUAACCCAUGGGUGUAUUACAGAAUGGGUCUACUGAGCCCAGGCCCAGAGGUCCAAGGUCUCAGGGGGCCCCUAAACCAGAGCCUGUGCAUGAAAUUAGAUAUUAUAUUAUGCCCGAAACCUAACCAGUCUCACUCCUCAUGCCUAAACCUAACCAGCCCAACCAAUAAAGGCAACAAGAACUACCCAAUCAGAGGGAGAGUAGGGUGCGCCAUGCCUUUACCACUCUAUGAACCAAGCAUAGUUCCUAGAGUCUCCACUGGUUGCCUGGCAACAGCUCCCAGUCAUACAGAUGAGCACUACUUAACUUGUUAUAUCUCAUUUGCUCUGUACAAAUUAAUUAGUGAGUUUUCUAAGUGCUGGUACUUUUUAUAAUUAACGGACAAAUAUGGAAGUGAUAUCAAUCGCUCUCAUGUCCGCCAGAAAGUAAAUUAAGCGUAGCCCAAAAUGUCGAACUUUUGCUUUUAUGUGCAGCAGUCAGGUUUGUUUUUCGUUUAAUGUUGGCUCGUACAUCAGUAACGCAGAAUCAGCAGAGCUUCUCACUUAAAGUGGAACCUCAUGCUUCUGUUUUAUGUUGACCUUUUCUGUGUGGAUGUGUGACAGUGUAAUUAAUUUGUGUACGCUUUUUGUGUGUGUGUCUGGUUCAGUGUGUUUGCUGGACCUACUUUGUAUUACUGGAGGCCUAUCAAUGAAUCAGAGCUGCUUCCUUUUAAAUCUCCUUUCCACCCACAAAUAACAGAAUUUAUAUCCUCUGCUACCCGAGUGAGCAUUACUGAUGAAGGGGUAGUGUAUUUAUUAGCAUUUUGUACUGUAAAGUCGAGGCAUGUAACUUGAUACUGACGCUCCUAACAAUAAAAACCCCCUGAGGGAAGAAUCCAGUCAUGCUCAGACACCAUGUACCUGCUGUGUGCUGCUCAGUCUGGCUCAGUGUUACUUAAAAUCCCAGAGGGGCAGUUGGUUUGGAAGAUGCUACCUCCCUCCCCUGCAUUCUUCUACUGAGUAGUUGCUACUGCAGGAUGCCCUCAGACUGACAUUCAGGAUAACCCAGCUUUGGACAUAUUUCACAAAUAUUAAAUAGCUUCCACUAGUCACUUCCUGUUUCUUAUCUGCUCUGCGAAGAGAGACCAGAUUUCAGAUUUUAUAUGAGCAAAACAAGCUAGACUUCUUGCAUGGAUGCUGACUGAGGAUAAGUAACUCGGUCCUUUUUUUUUAACCAGCUCAUUAUAAAUGACCUGAAAGGCAGAAAUGGUUUAGUCAGCACUUACGACUCUUGAUAAAUACCAGUUGCUUCCGUUUCCUCUGCUGUAUGUGUGCUCGUAAAGUACGGAGAGGUGGGUUUUAUAUAUUUUGAGCCAUUCCUGUUUAUGUUGGUAAGUGAGGAAGAAGUGUUGAGGAAAGGAAAUCAUUUAAAGGUUCGGAGCCUUUUCUCUGCUUUAACGAUCUGUUUCUUUUUUUCCCCCUCUGGUCUGGCAGUUAUGUAGCAUGUACCUGAAUCCCUCAUCAAAGACUUGCUGUAUUUCCAUCUAUUUUUCUGCCCUUUAUGUCUUUGGAACAUCAUCAACAUGCUGACUUUGUAAUAAAGGAAUUCUCUGACUUUUGAA